AUGAGUUAUGGAGAAGAGGAAGAUUCAUGCUCACGAGGCAGCUAUGGAGAAGAUGAUAAGAAGGUGAGCAAAGUCAUAUUAGCUCAUCAAAGAUGCUUCAAGGUACGACCCACUAAUAUCUCGAUCUAGAGCAAUAGUCCAAAAUCUGGCACCACAUGGCUUAAGACCCUUGUGUUCGCUAUCUUGAACAGAGUCCGAUAUAAUUAUGAUUCCCACCCCUUCCUCUCAACUAAUCCUCAUGACUACAUACCUUUCUUGGAGGUCGAUGCUAGUAAGAACCGUACAAGUCUUAACCAAGACCUUCCUUUACUCAAUUUUUAUUCUCAGUCUCUCAAUCCAACCUCCCUAGACCAUGGGUUGGAGAUGUUUUGCCGGGGUGUAGAGUUAUUUGGACCCUACUGGGACCAUGUGUUAGAGUAUUGGAAGAUGAGCAGGGAGAGGCCAGACAAGGUGUUGUUUUUGAAAUAUGAAGAUCUCAAGGAGGAUAUCAGUACUCACAUCAAAAGGUUAGCGCACUUCUUGGGCUUUCCUUUUUCUGAGGAGGAAGAGAGAGUGGGGAUUAUAGAGGAAAUAUCAAGGUUGUGUAGUCUUCAGAGUCUUAAAAAUUUGAAGGUGAACAAGACUAGAAAAUGACCCUGUGGAUUUAAAAACUUGGUGACUUUAAGAAAGGCGAAGUGGGACAUUGGGUGUAGAUCGCACUCCACCCCCUCUUCCCCGGCUUGUGCAGUGGCAGUAGCUGCUUUAUUUUUAUUUUUUAA